AUGACGUCAGGAUUUUUUUUCAUUGUAACCCUGACAGCUCGUCUGACUGCGAGUCCCAGCAGCUCUCAGAUCUUCGAAGGAGACUUUGUGUCUCUGAGCUGUGAGGAGGACGACAGCUCUGCUGGAUGGACUCUGAGGAGAAACACAAGCAAACAGCAGAGGACUCAGUGUGGAGAUGGGUGGGGGAAAGCAGCUGGAGCAUCAUGUAACAUCAGUUACAUUCAGCCCUGGCACAGUGGAGUUUACUGGUGUGAGUCCAGAGAGGGUCCCAUCAGUAACAUGGUUAACCUGACAGUCACUGGUGGAUCAGUGAUCCUGCAGAGUCCUGUCCUCCCUGUGAUGGAGGGAGAUGACGUCACUCUGCUCUGUAAAACAAAGACCACUCCCUCCAACCUCCCAGCUGCUUUCUAUAAAGAUGGCUCCCUCAUCAGGAAGCAGCCUACAGGUCACAUGACCAUCCAGCAUGUUUCCAGGUCUGAUGAAGGCCUCUACAAGUGUGACAUCAGCGGUCAUGGAGAGUCUCCAUCCUGGUGGCGAAACCCAGGACUGGGCCACCAAGGAAAGGAGCAGGCCCAAAUGGUGGCCAAGCUGACAGCCACACAGUGGGAGCAGGCGGUGGUGUCACGUUGCCAGCAGGAAGAAUUCCAGGACCAGAUUGAGCAUGGGAUGGAGAUGAUUGAGAAUCUGGCAACUGGGAUCUGGUCCUGGCCAGCACUGUCGCCACACCCACCGGUGUUCUCUGACACCAUGGGAGUGGAGGAGGUCUGGACUGUUUCUGUGCCUGUAACGCCCCCCCGGGAGAGGCUAGCCAGGUCGCAGGCUGCCUCCGCACCCAUACCCACUUCUCAGGUGGGAGUGGCUGGUGCCUGUCUCCGGUUUCUGCUUCACCCCCUGCUGCAACAGGUCGGGCCAAAUAACUCCUCGACUUUGCGUUUUGUUGUGCUUUUAAGAAGACAAGGAGCCUAUGGUUGA